GAGAUCGUCACCAUCUGUAUCGCGGACGCUUGUGCGUUUCCGACUGCAGGCUACCGACGCGCUGCACAAGAUAUGGGAUGGGGAUUAGCACACAUCGAGAUGCUGAUGCUUUUCCACUGAUAUCUCCUCCUGGCCUUGUUCUUUGAGGCAUGAUUCUCAUGUUACACUGGAGAAUAGCGACGCGACCAUGGCUACUACAGCGCUGAAAUCCGCCGAUAUGAGGCCUGCAGCAACGGCUCUUAUUGCGACCUCCGACGAACCCCAGAAGUCGCCCAAACAUUACCGUGGCUUCGUAGCUGGAGUCUUCAGUGGCAUUGCAAAGCUAUCAGUCGGUCACCCAUUCGACACAGUGAAAGUGCGACUGCAAACGACAGAAAAGUCGCAUUUUAGAGGUCCGGUAGAUUGUCUCAUGCAGACUUUGAGAAAGGAGGGCUUUGCGGGAUUGUACAAAGGCGCGACCCCGCCAUUGGUGGGGUGGAUGUUUAUGGACUCGAUUAUGUUAGGAUCCCUCAGUGUAUAUCGCCGCGUCCUCAACGACCAUGUCUUCAAUCCACCCUCGUCUGUUCGAUUUGGCGAACAGCAAGGCAAGCUCCCCACAUACGCCCAUGGCAUGGCGGGCACAAUGGCAGGCUGGACGGUAUCAUUUAUUGCGGCGCCGGUUGAACACAUCAAAGCCCGUCUUCAGGUUCAAUAUGCAGCGGAUAAGACGGCGCGCCUCUACUCUGGACCAAUUGACUGUCUGAAGAAAAUAUACAAGGGCCAUGGCGUAAAGGGUGUGUACCAUGGUCUGAGCGCGACCCUGCUCUUCCGCACAUUUUUUUGUUUCUGGUGGGGGACGUAUGACUUGUUCACAAAACAAUUCCAUAAACACACGAACCUGUCAGUACCUGCGGUCAAUUUCUGGGCAGGUGGUCUUUCGGCGCAGAUAUUUUGGUUGACAAGCUAUCCCAGCGAUGUGAUCAAGCAGCGCAUUAUGACAGAUCCGCUUGAUAAUAGGAGAUUUCCCCGAUGGAGAGACGCCGCUCAAACAGUGUACAAAGAAGGAGGGUGGAGGGGAUACUGGCGCGGCUUUGUGCCAUGCUUUUUACGUGCCUUUCCAGCCAAUGCCAUGGCGCUAGUGGCGUUUGAGGGUGUGAUGAGGAGUCUGCCAGAAUGAAGGGGAAAAAACAACUGAGUGGCGAUGGAGCGUCUGAGCAAUGAGAGAAUAGCUACUAGAGUGUAACGGUGUAUGCUGGUGCUGGCUUUAAGGCACACGAUACCCAUGAUAUAUGUAAAAAAACAUAGCCAAGCCGAAACACUUUUUGCUUGUCUUGAC